AUGGAUUACGAGCACCUUCUGGUGAAAGUGGAAGACCGCGUCAAGAUCAUCACGAUGAACCGUCCCGAGGUCCUGAAUGCCAUGAAUCACCUGCUGGACGAAGAGUUGCACCACGCGGUGAUGUCGGCAAACGAAGACGAAGGAGUUGGUUGCAUAGUGAUCACAGGCGCGGGGGAGCGGGCCUUCUCCGCAGGUGGAGACAUUCACGAGCAGCGGGCGCAUGCGGUGGAAUUGACCGAGGAGCAGCGGGAAGCCAACUCCCUGUUGUACCAGAACUGGAUGUACGACAUUUCUGCGUCGCCGAAGCCGGUCAUCGGGAUGAUGAACGGGCUUGCCUAUGGCGGCGGGGCCGUGCUUGCAUCUUGCCUUGAUAUGCGGGUCGGGUGCGAAAACACCAGAUUUCGCUUUCUUGCGGUUGCGUACGGACGCAUCAACAGCACCUGGACGUUGACCAACCAGGUGGGGUGGCCCACCGCCAAGGAAUUUCUGUUUACUGGGCGCGUUGUGGAGGCCGAGGAGGCCUACCGGGUCGGUUUGCUCAACCACCUGGUGUCUUCUGCGGAACUGCGGGACAAGACAAUGGAGAUUGCCACGACGAUAGCUGGCCACCGUCCGGAGUCGGUGAUGGGCAUAAAGCAGAUUCUGUUGCAGGACAAGGCUGCCGAUCUACGGGGCAUGUGGGAGAACGAGGUCGACUUCACGGCCAAGGUCAAGGGAUAUGGGGUGGAGCAGGCGUUCCCGGAGUUCAUCGCGCGGCGCGGGCGGGAACUGUAG